AUGUGCUAGAAAACGUCAAACGCGUGGCAGUUUCACAUACGGUGUUUCAUUUUUUUGUUUACGUUUGCACCGCAAUUAUUUGUGCAUUGCAAUUGCAAACGUCGUGCGAAUUGCGUUGCGUUAUGUGUUAGUUAGCUUAAGAAGCAACAUUCACACAAAUCACAAACACAUUGACAGCGAUUCGUGGUGCAUUGACAUCAACUUCGCACAUCCAGAGCAACCGAAAAAUUCUUUAACUGCUGCUGGCUGACUAAUUGUUGUUACCUUUUGCUGCUGCUUUGACGCCGCUGUCGCCGCUUAACAAUCAAUUGCUGGUGGGCGACGCUAACGUCGCCGUUGACGUCGUCGUUGACGUAGACACGUCAACAUUUAUUGGAAAUUGGAAUCGACAUCGAAAUCAAAAUCAAAAUCGAAAACAAAACUCGAAUUAUUUUGAAAGAUGCGUGUGAGCAACAUACGCAGCGGUCGCAUUUGCCGCUUGGUUCUCUGCCUCUUGGUCAUCUUGCCGCUACUCUAUCUGCUGGCCAACUGGAGUGAUCAUCACAAGCGAGUCCAGGAGGCGUAUCAUAUGCGCUUUGGCGGACCCAAGUUCAGUCAUCAACGCCUUGAGAAUAGGCCACGUGAGCAGCCCAAGCUAGUGGAGGGUCUUGGUAACUUUGAGCCGAAAGAUCUGAAGCUACGUAAGGGGCCAGGAGAGAAUGGAGAUGCGCACACGUUGUCAUCGGAUAAGAAGAAUGUGGCAGAUGCCUCUGAAAUGGAGUAUGGCAUGAAUAUUGCCUGCUCCGAUGAGAUAUCGAUGCAUCGUUCGGUGCGGGAUACACGACUCGAAGAGUGUAAGCACUGGGAUUAUCCAUACGAUUUGCCCACAACCAGUGUCAUCAUUGUUUUCCACAAUGAAGGAUUCUCGGUGUUAAUGCGCACCGUGCAUUCGGUUAUUGAUCGUUCGCCCAAGCAUAUGCUGCAUGAGAUCAUCCUGGUUGAUGACUAUUCCGACAAGGAGAAUCUGCGCACUAAAUUGGACGAGUAUGUACUGCAAUUUAAUGGGCUCGUUAAGAUCAUACGCAACAAGGAGCGCGAGGGACUCAUUCGGACACGUUCUCGCGGUGCCAUGGAAGCUACAGGUGAGGUGAUUGUCUUUCUGGAUGCGCAUUGUGAGGUGAAUCUCAAUUGGCUGCCACCGCUGCUGGCGCCAAUCUAUCGUGAUCGCACAGUGAUGACGGUGCCCAUUAUUGAUGGCAUUGAUCACAAGUCGUUUGAGUAUCGUCCUGUUUAUGGCAGCGACAAUCAUUUCCGUGGCAUCUUCGAGUGGGGCAUGCUGUACAAGGAGAACGAGGUGCCACGUCGGGAGCAGCGUCGUCGUGCUCACAACUCGGAACCUUAUCGCAGUCCCACGCAUGCAGGCGGUUUGUUUGCGAUUAAUCGCGAGUACUUCCUGGAAUUGGGAGCCUAUGAUCCUGGCCUGCUUGUCUGGGGUGGCGAGAACUUUGAGUUGAGCUUCAAGAUUUGGCAAUGUGGUGGCAGCAUUGAAUGGGUGCCGUGUUCCCGUGUUGGCCAUGUCUAUCGCGGCUUUAUGCCCUAUAACUUUGGUAAGCUGGCGAGCAAAAAGAAGGGCCCACUGAUCACCAUCAAUUACAAGCGUGUGAUUGAGACCUGGUUUGACGAUACACACAAAGAAUUCUUCUACACACGCGAGCCUCUGGCUCGUUACUUGGAUAUGGGCGAUAUAAGCGAGCAGUUGGCAUUGAAGAAGCGUCUCAAUUGCAAAUCCUUUCAAUGGUUUAUGGAUAACAUUGCCUACGAUGUGGUUGACAAGUUUCCCGCACUGCCUGCUAAUCUCCAUUGGGGUGAACUGCGCUCGGUCGCCUCCGAUGGCUGCCUGGACUCGAUGGGCCACCAACCGCCUGCAAUAAUGGGUCUCUCCUAUUGUCACGGCGGUGGCAACAAUCAGCUGGUGCGUCUGAAUGCUGUUGGACAGUUGGGCGUCGGUGAACGUUGCGUCGAAGCGGAUCUUCAGGGCAUCAAGCUGGCUGUCUGCCGUCUGGGCACUGUCGAUGGACCAUGGAGCUAUAAUGAGCAUACAAAACAUCUGUUGCAUCGUGUCCACAAAAAGUGCAUGGCCCUGCAUCCAUCAACGCAACAACUCUCGCUGGGUCAAUGCGAUUCUAACGAUGGCUAUCAGAAGUGGCUCUUCAAGGAGAUACGUCCGCAUUGGUAGAGAUCACAUCAUCCAACCAGGCGUUAAAAAGCAAUAUCUAACAUGGGUUUCAAAAGGGAACGUGCACCGGGUCGGCUAAUUGGGGGACAUGUAGGGUAGGAAAAGGGGCAAUGCGUAGGGUUGUGGGUUGGUUGCCGUUUUUAGACAAAAGGAAUUUAGUAAAAAUGAAAACAAAUGGAAUUGUUGUUGGUUUUAUAACGUACAUAUAUAAAUACAUACAUUCAUAAAUUCACACUUACACACAGGUACAUAUACAUAUAUUUUAUUAUGUACGAAACGAGAAUUAAAAACGAACACAUAAAUGGGCCUAGAAAUCGGUUUAGUUAUCGUAUUUAAUAAUUGUGAUUUCAUAUGAUAUUACAAUAGAUAUUCGAAUUAAAUAAAUUCAAAAACUCAUUUGAUUAAUUUACGAUAUUGUGGUGAUAAUUGGAAUUCUCUUAAAAAUCAAAAAACAACAAAUCAAAAUGAUAUUUAUGAAACCAAGCUAUUAUUUUUCAUAAGAAAUUACAAUUGUAUUCAAAUAUUUUGUAAUUGUCUCGAUCUAAGUGUAAUGAUGUAUAUAGGCUCAGAAAUAAUAAGCUAAACCGAUUUCCCUGAUCCCUAGAACAGUAAACUGUGUAUGUACAUUUUUGUUGUGCACAACGAAAGAGUGAGAGCGUCGCACGAAAGCGUAAGAGAUGGCGCUAACAGGUGUAGAAUGUGUGCGAGCAGUGCCGCUGCGGGCCAAAGCGAAACAGCAAAUCGUGUGUGCAAUAUAUGUUAAUACAUGUAUACUAUACAUAUAAAAAGCGCCAGUUAAAA